GGCCAAGACAGAGGCAGGCAGAUCCAGCAGGCAGCCAAGUUUAUUCUUCUUCCUUCCACUGUCGAACGUGCGUGAAUUCCGAGCCAAAAUAAAAAAAGGAAAAAAAAUCGAAAAUAGGGAACUGUAUUCGAGUGGAAAACGGGGAAAUGGGAUCUGAAGGGCCAAAGGCAGUGGUGAUUAACGUGACUGGGUUCAAGAAGUUCCAAGGAGUUCCUGAGAAUCCGACGGAAACCAUUGUUAAUAAUCUCAAGGCCUUUGUGGAAAGCAAAGGGCUUCUUCCUGUUGGUGUUACUCUUGGGAGUUGCACUGUUCUUGAAACUGCUGGUCAUGGCGCUUUGCCUGUUCUUUACAACACAAUGGAAGCCGGAAUCGCCAAGUCCAAUGAGCAAGUUGUCUGGCUUCACUUGGGAGUGAAUAGCGGGGCAACAAAGUUCGCCAUAGAGCGGCAGGCAGUAAAUGAAGCAGCUUUCCGUUGUCCAGAUGAGUUAGGAUGGAAACCUCAGCAAGCUCAGAUAGUCCCCGAGGACGGGGGAACUUCGAAUAUCAGAAAGACUUGUUGCUCUGUCGAGGCGAUCCAUAAGUUCUUGAAGAAGAAAGGAUAUGAUGCGACGAUAUCAGAUGAUGCGGGACGCUUCGUGUGCAAUUACGUGUAUUACCAAUCUCUUCGGUUUGCUGAACAGAAUGGUCAUAAAUCCUUGUUCGUCCAUGUUCCUCUCUUUUCAAGAAUUGAUGGAGAAACCCAGAUGCGUUUUGCAGUUGCCCUGUUGGAGGCCAUAGGUGCUACAUGUUAAUGCUAUCUAUCCAAAUGGUUUUGAGUUUUCAUGACCAUCACAUGCUUAAAAUGUAAAUCCGCCGUGUGAAUAUCAAUUUAAUUGUAAGAUUAAACUUGUGGAUUGCUGUUUGGUUUUUUUGUCGGGGAAAGAAACUGAUGGAAGGAUUUACUGCAGUUUGUUUCUUCUAAAGUUCCUUUUGGGGUUUUUUAAUCAAUCACAUUCAGCUUUAAAGAAUGGUGAAUAAAGAGGAUGAAUGAAGCAAAAUA